AUGGAAGAGGCGUCGCAGGCGGCCUGCGCCGGAUUGGCGCACCUGCCGGAGGGCCUGGUCACGCUGGAUGUGAGCCACACGCACAUCACGUCCAAGGGCUUUCGCCACUUGUCCCGCUUGAGCCAGCUGCGCGAACUCACUCUUUCCUCCAUCGGCCCCAUGCUGCCGUCGUCGCUGGAGAUGCUGGACAUCUCGCACUGCAAGAAGGGCAACUUUGUUGACCAAUUGAAAGCGCGCGCUGAUGACUUGGAGAGCAAGAGGCUGUACCACAUCCCGUGGCCGGCCUCGCUCAAGCGACUGCGUCUCCAGGGCUACACUCUGGCCCUGGGCCUCCUCUACGAGUUUCCGCCGCUGCUGGAUAUGUUGGACAUCUCGUCGUGCGAGCUGCAGCCGCACACCGCAAAUUUCGGCGCGUGCCUUCCGCACCUACGCCUGCUCAUCGCCGACUACGCCAAGCUCCCCACCUUCCGCUCCCCGAGAAGUCACACCGACCGCCGCCCACCCCCCGGCCUCUGGAGUUUGCCAUCGGGCCUACAAGGGCUCCACUUGACAGCGUGCGCGGUGGGCAAUCGAUGGGACUUGCUGGCCUUCUUGCCCGCCUCGAUCACCCACCUCAACCUGUCCUGCACCGACUUGGCCGAGGAUCAGUGUUCAUUGGAGGCCCAAGGGUGGAGCGACCCGUUCAUGAACACAAUUUGCCAGAGACUGCCCAAGCUCCA